CUCGAUGACAUCGCUACCUAGGUAAUUCAGCCUCGCUGUGAAAACUUGUCAUUAUUCGGCGUGAACAACGAUUUUUAGCAUGCAACGGAUACAUGUCGAACGGCCCCAAGGGGAAACAUCGUCCAAUAAGAGCGUGAGGUUCCUUCAGUGCACAGUACCUGCAAUCAGCGGAGACUUUCGACGAAUAACCGUUAGAUUGUGGGAUUGGACCAGCGAUAUGGGCAACUUUCCCAUCGUUCCCCCGACAUUCGCCGAGGUCUGGGAAUUGGCCCUUAGAAAAGACAGUCGUUAUGAUUGGAACCGACAGACGGUGGAUAUCAGUAUCAGCCGUACGGGAAACAACGAGACAGCGGUGGCAGCUAGCGACAUCCAAUUGUAUGGGGGCGACGAGCAGAAUCGAAUCACCUUCACCCUUCAGCCUUUGGGGGGCCCCAUAACUCUCAAUAUGGAGUUCUCGAUCAUGCGGCCGGCUAGAGGUUGGCCUAGAAAUACGGGCCAUGUCAUUGAAGUCUUGGGCGAGAGAGGAUAUCGGCGCUUACGGGUCGGAGGCGCCAAAUCUAACCAUGGCACCAUCCAGCCACUGCAAAUUCGGGAGGUUUCCGUGCUAUAUGGUUUUGAAGAAACCGUCGAAUUCCAUCAUCCCAGUCAUCCAAAGAGAAUCGACUUCUUCACCGACCCCGACUUCCAAGCACCGCUCGCCGUCGCAGGCUGGACCGAUAUAGAAGUCGAAGUGGACCGGGUGCCAAUCCAAGUCACCCCGGAUCCCCAAGUAGGAGAUAGAUUGAGACUUGGUCAGCGCAACAGCAUCCAGUGGGAGCAGGAACGGUUGGGACUGGUUUCACUGUUAGUUCGCUUCUCACUACCGAAGGAGGAUGGCACGGAGGAAACGCUGCCGUUGUAUUAUCGGAUCACCGAGCUUGAGGAUGAACAAUCGGGCCAGGGUGGACAUGUUGACCCCCCCGAGGAUAAAUUGACGGAACUUGAGGACAGGGAGCGGCGUGUUGAAUCGCGGGAGGUUUGUGUUCGUUUGGCGCUACUGAAGUUGAGGGAUCUGAAGAGAGAGAUGGAACAUACGCUUGAAUCUCUUGGUGAUAUUGUUUGAGAUUAGUGCUCAUGCGCAUUCGCAAUCAUAUUAUAUAGUCCACAUUUUGAGUCUUGCUGAGCUGUACUUUGUGUUUCAGCGCCAGAGAAGAUGUACCGAAAUAUGCGCACCAAGGUAC